AUGGCCGGACCUAUUUCCGAUACUUCUCUCCCUCUCAAACCACGAAAGGCAAGCCGCCACGGCUCAAGAAUGCAUCGAGCAGACAGCGGCUUCGUCGACUCGACCACCCACCGCCAGUCCUCCGAAACCACCCGCACAAGUCUCUCCAACGACUGGAAACGCCUAUCCGAAGAGCGCUCUUCGCCAGCCGCGCCAUCCUCGGACAAACUCGACCAACUCCUCCAAGCCUCCAAAAUGAAGGCCUGCCCUCAUUCCAGCAGCCGCCACAAGUCAGAAGGACGCAGGCCGUCCGUCGUCUCCUCCACCACCUCCAACUCGCCCCCAACCUCCAAACCACGCCACCGCUCCCGCCCCAGCUCGCACAAAUCCUCCCGCCACACCCUCGUCAUCCACCAAGCCCGCCCCCAGCUCCGCGGCUCCCAGACCAUGCCGCCCCUGCCCACUCGCGACGUCGACGACGUCCUCGCCCUGCACCACCGCAGCUGCACCCUCUUCCGCAGCUUCUCCACCGCGCCCACAGCCCUACCAUCCGCAUCAGCCGUCAGCCUCUCCCCAUCCAUCAACGAGGACGAAGAGUACCCGCAUGGCUACAUCCCCGUCGCGCCGACGACCAUCCACUGGACCUCCCCCAGCACCCGCCGCCGCGAGUACGCCGAGAUCGACCGCUCGUGCCGCGGGCUACGCGGGCUGCUGGGCAAGAUCCGCGGCGCGGGGUCGAAGCCGCCGCGGUUCUAUGACGAGGCGGCGAGCGAUAAGGGGAGUGUGCGGCGGUAUCGGAUGGACUUGCCCGAAGAAGACGAAGAUGAGGAGGAGGAAGGGGGGUUCGAGAAGAGGGAGGAGGAGGGUGGGAGUGGGAGCAUGGUGGGGCUGAGGGGGGAGAAGAAGAGGUCCGUGAAGCGGUGGGCUUGCUUUUGA